AAUCCUAACCACGCCCCUAUUCAAAGGUCAUCAUGUCUGGUGCUAGGUCUCUUCUGCGAUUUGAUGGCAGGGUCGCCAUUGUCACAGGAGCAGGGAGAGGUAUUGGUCGUGACUAUGCUUUGCUUCUUGCUUCAAGGGGAGCUAAAGUAGUUGUUAAUGAUCUUGGGGUAGAUCUUACAGGUCUUGGUAAAAAUAGUAAACCAGUUGAUGAAGUUGUGCAGACAAUUAAGUCUUUUGGAGGAAUUGCAGUUCCAAAUUAUGACUCGGUGGAAGAUGGAGAGAAAGUUAUCAAAACAGCUAUUGACAAUUUUGGUAGAAUAGAUAUUUUGGUGAAUAAUGCUGGAAUAAUUCGCGAUAAAUCAUUCUCUCGUAUAAGUGAUCUUGACUGGGAUCUUGUACAUAAGGUCCACCUCAGAGGGUCAUUUAUGUGUACUAGAGCUGCAUGGCCUUAUAUGAAACAGCAAAAAUAUGGCCGUAUCAUAAUGACUUCAUCAACUUCUGGUUUGUAUGGAAACUUUGGUCAAUCAAAUUACAGUGCUGCCAAACUUGGUUUGGUCGGUUUCAUGAAUACAUUGGCUCUUGAAGGACAAAAAUAUAAUGUUUUUUGUAAUACCAUUGUCCCUGCUGCUCUGUCAAGACUUACUCAAGGACUAAUUCCAGAAGAGGUUGGUGAGAUAUUCAAACCUGAAUAUAUUGCUCCAGUGGUGUGCUACAUGUGUCAUGAAAACUGUACAGAAAAUGGAGUUGUAAUAGAGUCUGCUGGAGGGUGGGCUGCAAAAGUUCGCCUACAGAAAUCUGGUGGUGUUGCUAUGAGAAAGGCUGAAAAUACUUUUUCUAUUGAAGAUGUUCAAUCUAAUUGGGAUGCUAUAACUGAUAUGACAUGUAACCCUCUCUACCACACAUCAGCCUCUGAAGCAACUGCUCAUACAGUGAAGUUAAUACUAGAAAAGUUAAAUGACUCAAGCAAACCUAUUCCAACAAGUUUUGAAUCUGCUAUUGGAUAUCAAUUCACAGCACCACCUUUUAAUUAUACUGAGCGGGAUGUCAUUUUAUAUGCCUUAGGAGUUGGUGCUACUGUUUCUGAGAAUGACACAUCUCAAUUAAAAUUUCUUUAUGAAGGUCAUGAAGAAUUCAGUGUUAUUCCUUCGUAUGCUGUCAUUCCUGCUCAGAGUGCUAUGACUGGAGUGAUGACUGGUCUGCCUGCUUUUAGUCAGGUAAAUUUGGCAAGAAUGCUUCAUGGAGAACAGUAUAUUGAAAUUAAGAAACCAUUCCCGACAUCAGGAACUUUGAGCCACAAAGGUGUUAUUAGUGAUAUUCUUGACAAAAAAUCUGGGGCUGUUGUCUUGUUUGAUGUUCAAUCUUUUGAUGAAACUGGAGAUCUGGUAGCUUUCAAUCAGUUUUCCAUAUUUAUGGUGGGAGCUGGUGGAUUUGGGGGAAAGAGAGAUUCACCACAUAUUAAGAAGUCACUUUCAGCUCCUUCUCGCAAUCCAGAUGCCUCUCUCCGAGAAAAGACUACCUCCAGCCAGGCAGCUCUCUACAGGCUUAAUGGAGACUACAACCCUCUACAUAUUGACAAGGACUUUGCUGCUAUGGGUGGUUUCUCUACUCCCAUUUUACAUGGCCUUUGUUCAUUUGGCUUUGCUGUUAGACAUAUUUUACGUCAGUAUUGCAAUAAUGAUACCACUAUGGUCAAGGCUAUUAAAGUUCGUUUCUCAAAGCCAUUUUUACCUGGACAAACUCUCCAGACUGAUAUGUGGCAGGAAAAUGAAAGGAUAUUCUUUUCGUGCAAAUGUGUAGAAUCAGGUGACACUGUUCUAACUGGAGGGUAUGUGGAUUUGCUGACAGCACCUUCUCUUUCUUCACAAGAUUCUUCAAGUGACAAGGAAUCCUUAAAAUCAACUGCAUUGUUUGAGCAGUUGAAAUCUGUAAUUGCAACCGGAGGGCCUGAAUUUGUUAAUAGGAUACGAGCUGUUUACUUGUGGAAUAUUACCAAAGAUGGGAAUUUAGCAUCACAAUGGACUGUUGAUCUUAAAAAUCCUCCUGGUGCCGUAUAUCAAGGAGAGCCAAAAGCAACUCGAGCUGGUUGUACUCUAACUAUAUCAGAUGAUGACUUUAUUCGGCUUGCAAAUGGUGAUCUUAAUCCUCAACAAGCAUUUUUUGGAGGAAAGAUAAAGAUCACAGGGAAUGUGAUGCUUAGUCAGAAAUUGGCCCAAUUGUUUAAUCAGCAAAGCAAACUAUAAUAAUUAUUAUAAUUUUUGUCAAGUUGUUAUAAUUGUUUGGGUGAAAGUAAAAUUUAUUAGGGCUGUUUUAAUUUUAA